AUGGUGCACAAUGUAGACAUGCAGCCUUCAAGGCUAUCAUUCUUUCUCGUUACCAGUAGGACUGUGCCACGCGUUGUCAGACACCAUUUUACUACCUACACAGCCAUAUGCUCUGGAACCAAGCCAGUGCUGGUCAGGCUCCUGGAAGAUGGCUCAGAAGUACACAUGAAUAACGAUGAAAUUUUCAGAUACCAGCGGUACAAAUGGUUGAGUGGAGAUUGCAAACACCUAGCCGCAAGGUACCGUGACUUCAACCUAGAUAAUCUUCUUGAAGCAGCCGUUCAAGCGACCGGCCGCAACGGAACACAAUGUGUGAAGGUAUUGAAAUGCUUGGAAGGACAAUACAAUAAGGCAUUUGUCUUAACCAUGAAUAAUGGCGAGGAACUAGUUGCCAGGUUACCAAACCCGAACGCAGGCCCUCCUUUCUAUACAACAGCUUCUGAAGUGGCAACUCGCCAUUUCGCUCGGGAGGUCUUGGGGAUCCCAGUCCCACGUAUUUAUGCCUGGUCAGCGGAUUCAUCAAGUUCGAUAAAGCCGAAUAUAUUAUCGAGGCGAAGGCCGAAGGACAUUCCCUUGGGAGCCUGUGGGGCCGAAUGUCCAGGUCGUCACAAUUUGGAAUCAUUGACCAAAUUGUUGAAAUAG